UGGGCGGUGACUCGGUCAGUUGUGGGCGGAGUUGAUCCAAUUGUGGACAAGGCUAGGUCUUAUUGUGGGCGGGGCCUCUCGCCGUGGGCCCGCCUCCCUGUGGAGAGGCUCCGUUCGAGCCCGCGGUGCCGACCCGAGCGGGGAGAGAGAGCAGUGAGCGAGAGAGCCGCACGCACACGCAGGUAGAGCAGGGCAGGCAGGCGGGAGGGGGGGUGAUGGAGAGCGCAGCCGCCUCGUCGCCCCUGUCAGCUAACGAGUGCGCGAGCGAAUGAUUGAGUUAAGCGCAGUCGCCCGUCCGACGCCGACGCUGCAACAUCAGCAGCAGCAGCCCACGUGCCCGAGCGUCGCGCCGCGGGGAGGAGCCGGUGGGGCCCUCAUGCCCGGCCGAAUGAAUGGGGAGAGCAUGAAGUGCCUCACGUUCUUCCUCUUGCUUCCAGAGGCGCUCAAGAAAUCCAAAAAGGUCACCGGCAAGGCCAAGAAGCUGCCACCCGUGUGCUAUGAGUUCGUGUCCCUGAGCCUGAAGAAGAGGAUGGCAGCAGAGCUGUACGGCUCAUCCACCAAGGACAUGGGCGUGCAGGGCUUGGGGCAGCAGCAGCAGCAGCAGAGCAACCUCAACGUAAACAACAACCACGUGCAGAGCUCCAACUGGCAGGGCCUCUACGCCACCAUCAGGGAACGAAAUGCUGUCAUGUUUAACAAUGAGCUGAUGGCUGAUGUGCACUUUGUGGUGGGUUCUCAAGAGGAGACCCGCAGAGUACCUGGACACAAGUAUGUGCUGGCUGUUGGCAGCUCAGUCUUUCAUGCAAUGUUCUUUGGAGAGCUGGCUGAAAAUACAGAAGAAAUACAUAUUCCAGAUGUGGAUCCUGCAGCAUUCUUGACAAUGAUGAGGUACAUCUACUGUGACGAGAUUGAACUGGAAGCGGAUACGGUGCUCGCGACCCUUUACGCAGCAAAGAAGUAUAUGGUCCCCCACCUGGCGCGCGCGUGCGUCAACUUCUUGGAGACGAGUCUAAGCGCCAAGAAUGCCUGCGUGCUGCUGUCACAAAGCAGACUCUUUGAGGAGCCGGACCUGAUGCAGCGCUGCUGGGAGGUCAUAGACGCUCAGGCCGAGCUUGCGCUCAAGUCGGAUGGCUUCUGUGACAUUGACUUCAACACGCUGGAGACCAUCUUGAAGAGGGAGACUCUGAAGGUGAGGGAGUCCAGCGUGUUCGAGGCUGCCCUCAGCUGGGCCGAGGCAGAGUGCCAGCGCGGGGGAAUAGUGUCCACACUGGAAAACAGGCGGCGUGUGCUGGACAAAGCUCUCUACCUCAUCCGUAUCCCAGCCAUGCCCGUGGAAGAGUUUGCUAAUGGUGCUGCCCAAUCAGGCAUCCUGACCCUGGAGGAAACCAAUGGCAUAUUCCUGUGGUACACAGCCAGCAACAAGCCCAUGCUUGAGUUCCCCACGAUACCCAGGAAGGGCUUGGUCCCCCAGCGGUGCCAUCGCUUCCAGUCGUCGGCGUACCGCAGCAACCAGUGGCGCUACCGUGGCCGCUGCGACUCCAUUCAGUUUGCCGUGGACAAGCGCGUGUUCAUCGCAGGCUUCGGCCUGUAUGGCUCCAGCUGUGGCUCAGCCGAAUAUGCCGUCAAGAUUGAGCUGAAGCGGCAGGGCGUGAUCCUAGGACAGAACCUGACCAAGUUCGUGUCAGAUGGCUCCAGUAACACAUUCCCUGUGUGGUUCGAGCACCCUGUGCAAGUGGAGCCGGACACGUUCUACACGGCAAGCGCCGUGCUGGACGGGAACGAACUGAGCUACUUUGGGCAAGAGGGCAUGACGGAGGUGCAGUGCGGCAAGGUCACUUUCCUUUUCCAGUGCUCGUCGGACAGCACCAAUGGCACUGGCGUGCAGGGAGGCCAGAUCCCAGAACUGAUCUUUUUCGCCUGAUGCGGCGGGUGACCAUCUUCGACAGUUACAUCUCUAAGCACUUGGUGGUUAGGGCUUUAGUCUAACAAGCUUCUGUAUAAAGUCAUUGAUGUAUUUGAAGUAUACUAAUCAGAGAGCUAUACAGUAUAUAUAUCCAUACCCUGUUUGUAGAACGCUUAAUGAUUGUAUAUUAUUGUAUUGUAGGUGCAUUUUGUGUAAUACAAAUGGUUUACAUGUACUGAAUGUGUAAACUGGUUGUUUGCAAGAAUGGUAAAUCUGGAGAUAUCUGCCCACAUGGCUGGCUUGAAGUACUGUAUUUGGCAGUGUUAGAACAAGUAUGUAAAAUAACUUGCGUGCACACGUGAGUAUUUGCAGUUGUUGACUCCCCCCUUCGGAAAGCGGCUGUCUACCCAUAUUGUGCAGUUGUGUAACGUGCACCAUUCGUUUCCGUUGUAUCUCGCCGAGUGGUAGCCUUGUAGCGUGUGCACCAUCGAUAUGUUUGCCACGCAUUGACUAAAUAAAGAAAACACAUGUCACCUUUGAUGGGUGUGUUUAUUG